AUGCCCGCCUGCUCGUCCCGCGCCGCUGCCGCACUCGCCUCCGCCGCACCUGCGUACGUCGAGCCGCUCGCUCAUCAUGCGCUGCCGCCUGGGAAGCGCGACUGUCCCUCCGCCGCGCUGUUGCGGCGCUCCUUUGGCUGCCAGAUACGGUCGUGUGGCGGCGAUUGUCUGGCACACGACCGGCGGGGACGUAUUCGACUUCCCCUUCUCCGCCCGCCUGCCCUCCCCCCUCCUGCUGCCGCUCUCCCCCGCCUCCUCCCCGUCCCCCUCUCCCCCACCCUCUGCGCCCACCCGGUUCGACCUUCCGCCGUGCCCCAGGUGCGCUCACACCCCUCAUGCCCCAAUCGUCCCCCAGAGCCUCCUGUCCCUCCCUGCCUCUGCCGCACGCCCGCUUGCCUGUCUUCACUGCCCUGCCCUCUGCUCUGCUCCCUCCGUCCUCCCAUGCCCCCUGCCGUGCCACCUGCCGUGCGCGCUGCCUGCAGCCCUGCCGCGGAGCAUGCGAGGGAGGAUGGUGGGGAGGACGAGACACAGGAUGGCGGCGAAGCAGCAGCAACACUAGAUGAGAGGGUGGUGGGGGAGCAACAGGGGAGGGAGGAUGGGAAUGGAGGAGGAGGAGGUGAAAGGGAGGGGGAUGAGGAGGAGGAGGGGGAGGAGGAAGGGGAGAGGUGGCGUGCAUCUGACGUUGUGUGCAUGGACACCGAUGAAGAUACCUGCACCGCAGCAGACCCCCCUCAACCCCUCAGCACCGCCACAAAUGCAACCCCUCCCAGCAAGGGCGCGGGUGAGGAGGAGGAGGAGGGGGCGGGCGAGUGUGUGGUGGUGACACUGCAGGGGGAGCUGGGGGAGGGGGAGCGGGGAGAGGGGGGAGGAGGUGGGGCGGGCGGAAGCAGGGGUGGCGGGCAGGGGGCGGAAGAGGUGAGGGGUCAAGGGGAGGGAAGGGGGGAUGGGUGGCGGUCGGGCGUUGGGGGGAUGGAGCGAGGUAGGAAGAGGGGGAGGGAAGGGGAGGGGGGGGAGGGCGAGAGCAGUCGCACGUACGAGGCGGGGCUUGCCCACUCACAGGCGCACACGGUGCCUGCUGGGGAGGCAGGUGGCGCAUCAGAAAUGCACAGGGAGAUGGGAGCUGGCACUGGUGGUGCCGGCAGUGGCAAUGCCGGGGGCAGCGGCUGUGGUAGCGGGAGUGGUAGCGGCGGUGGCAGUGGCAGGGGUAGGGCAGGAGGGGGAGGCGAACCAGGCGGGCAGAAGAGCAGGGAGGGCGAAGUGAGGGCAGGUAGCAGCAGCAGCGGCCAUGAGAGGCAGGCAGGGCAGCAGCAGCAGUGGCAGCACUACCACGCACCGACAGCAUCCAGAGACCCCCUCAGGUUGCUGCUCACAGAGCAGCGUGCCCCCUCGCCCAUCCCCCACGCGCCCCUCUCCCACGUGCCCGUGCCCAUCCCCAUGCCCGACCCCUCCUCUGUGCCCAUCCCCACCGUCUCCUCCUCCUCCGCCCUCGCCGCUUCGCCCUCCGCCCUCGCCCCCUCGCUUCCCUCCCUGCCCUCGCUGCCCUCCCUCGCCUCGCUCUCCUCUCUCCUGCCUGAUUCUCUGGAGGGAGCGCGAGGAGACGCGUGGGGGGAAGGGGUUGGGGCAGGGGGGAGUGGCAGUGGAAGGAGGGGGGAGGCUGUAGCAGGGGCAGGAGGAGGAGCGGGCGAGGGGGGGCGUGGGGGAGCGGGAGUGACUGGGCGGGCAGCAGUAGGGGGGACAGGGUGGAGUGGGUGGGGCGGAGGGGGAGGAGGGGCGGACGGGGUUGCAACGUCUGUGGCGGGUGUGGGGAGGGGCGGGGAGGCGGGGGAGUGGGUGGCGAGGCACGUGUGGGAGGGGAGGCGGGCGGAGGAGGAGGAGGGGCGGAGGCGGGGCGAGCUGGCAGCAGCGGCAGCGAGGGCGCAUGAGGAGUGCGUGCUGGAGGAGGCUGACGGCAUCUGGGUGAGUGAGCUGAGCUGGGAGGGCGGUGCUGUGAGAAGGGAGAGGGACAGGGCGUGGUGUGGUGUGCUGACUUUUGAGUCGACUCAAAAGGCAGCGCGGGCGCAUGAGGAGUGCGUGCUGGAGGAGGCUGACGGCAUCUGGGCCAACCGUCGCCUGCUCACUGCAGCUUCCCCUGCUGCCACCACUGCUGCUGCUGCUGCUGCUGGCGGCACUGGCAGCACAGAGGCAGGCAUAGGGGGCGCAUGGAGGGAGAUGGGGAUGGGCGAGGAGGGCGGGGCAGAGAAGGGAGACGCAUGGAGGGUGCGGGCGGGGGGCAGCAGCCAGUGGGACUAUGUGCUGCAGGAGAUGGCAUGGCUCGCCCUUGAUUUCCAACAGGUGCUGCCCUGCACCCUCACUACCUCAUUCCCUCGCCCGCCCCACCUGUGCGCUCCUUCCACCUUCGUCUUUGCUUCUCCCUGGGCCUCCUUGUCUCUCCUGUCCUCUCCUCCACACUCACAAGAGCGGCUGUGGAAGAGAGCAGCGGCGAGCCACCUAGCCACUUGUGCGCAAAGGGCAGGCUGGGGGAGGGCGGAUGGUGCAGGCGAGGGGAGGGCGGGGCUUGAGCCGAUGCAUGACCGAGCAGGGGAGGAGGAGAGGAGAGGGGAGGGAAGAGACAAGGGAAGAGAGGAGGGAAUUAAGGCAGGUUCAAAAGCCUGUGGUGCUGCUGCUGCUGCGGCUGGCCCUGUGUCGACAGGAGGAGGCGAGGCCAAAGCAGGCAAUGGUGGUGGGGAGGGGAAGCGCAGGCGAGAGGAUGGCACGCAUGGGGACGUGGAGGGGAAGGGCGCGGGGAGGAAGGCGAGAGUGCAAGUGGAUGUGACAGGGGGAGGGGCUGACAGAGGGGCAGCGGAAAGAGGCGCAGAGGGGCGACGGGCGGAGGGGGAAGGGGGCAUGGAGGGAGGGGCAGAGGGUGGAGGGGGCGCAGCAGAGGGAGGGGCGAGUGCACCGGUGACGCCGGAGAGGGAGGAGGGCCGAGGGACGGACAUGAGCUGCAGCGACUGGUGGUCGUGGGUGGACGAGGUGAAAGGCGCGGUGAAAGGGGGGGGGAGUGAGGAGUGGGAGGUGAGGGGCGAGGUGAGGGGCGAGGUGAGGGGCGCGGUGAGGGGCGAGCAGGCGCCACUCACCUUCCACAUGCCACAGCCUGCCGUCACGGCUCUCGCGCUCUACCUCAUGCCGCCCCUCCAUUCCGUCCCUUCAAACUGUUCACGCCCAUCCCUCCCACAUCUCUCUUCCACCCAAUCGUUCCCUCUUCUCCCCUCCUGCCCUUCUGCCUUCAACCCCUCUCCCUGCGCCCAUUCCUCACCCCUAUCCACCCCUCCCAUCCCUCCUACUGCGGGCCUCAAACCCCCCUUCCCUGCGGGCCUCCCUCUUCCCCCCACUUUACAGGACCACAUGACACUCCCCCCUGCCUCUUCCCCCGACCCCUUCCCCCUCCUCCUCCCAUACUUCCUCCUCUCCCCCUCCCCCUCUCACCCCCUCCCCUCACUCCACCCGUCCCCCUCUCCCCACCUCUCGUCCCAACCCCAUGCCUCUAUCCCCAUCUACGCUCCCUCCGCCUCAUCCCUCCCUGCUGCCACCGCCCCCUCUGCUGCCGGGCCUUCUUCCAUUCUGGAUGGCCCAGUGGGGAUGGGCGGGGGGGCAGGGGUAGCUGUGAAGGAAGAGGGGUAUUUUGUUGCGGGAACGGAGAAAGGGGGAGAGGACAAGGGGAGGGCGGACGGGGGGAGGGCAGGCGGGCAAGAGGUGGUGGGGGGAGUGAGCGGCACAAGGGAGGGGGACGAGGGGGCGCUCGAGAGGGCGGUGGCAGUGGGGGUGCAGGGGCAGAAGCAGCAGCAGGGGAGUGUGAGUGCGGCGGGGCACAAGGGGCAGCAGGGAGUGGCGAGGCAGCAGGGGAAGAAGCAGGUGCAGGUGAGGCAGCGACCCCUCACACAGCUGCAGCAGCGCAAAGAGGGCGAAGCAGGGGGAGACGGCUUGCGUGGGGAGAGAGAGGGGGAGGCGGAGGGGUGGGCGGAGGUGAGGAGGAGUGAUGGGGACUCUGGUGAGCCGAGUGCGAGGCUAUUGGCCGGGCAGAAGCAAGCAGGGCAUGCAGCAGGGGGUGCAGGGCAGCACGGCGCAAUGGCGGGGAUGCAGGGAGUGGGGGCACAGGAUGGGGGGAAGGCGCAGCUGGGUCAGGGCAGUGGUGCAUUGGGGGCAGGGGGGGUAGGUGAGGCAGCACAGCAAGCAGGGAGCUCAGGCGCGGGCAGAGGGGGGUUGGGCAGAGGAGGGCUGGGCAGAGGGCAAGGUAUGAAAGGCGUGGGGGCGAAGGGAGGGGGCGAGGGGCGAGGACGUGGAGCAGGGGCAGGAAGGGGGCUGGGUGGGACGAAGGUGGGUGGCAUGGGGAGGGGGGGCAAGGGGAAGCAGCAGGGGGAGGGGCGCGGGCAGAAAGGGAAGGCGUUGGGAGUGGGGGAGAGAGGGGGUGCUGGUGCGGAAGGGGAAGGGGCAACGCAGCAAGGCGCGUGGGGCGGGAAGCAAGGGCAGGGGGUGGCUGCAAGGGAGGCUGCAUCAGCAGCUGGGGGAGGGGGAGGGAAGGCGGGCAGCAAGGAUGGUGGCAUGUUGGCUGCGUCUCCCUCCGCUGACCUCUCUUCCCAGGACGUGGCGGGUGGGAUAGGCGAGGGAGAGGUGGAGGGGGGCGCGGAGCAGCAACGCAUGGGUGGUGGGGGGAUGGCCGGAGGGCAGAGGGGGGUGGGAGUUGCGAUGAGUGCUGAUGCGGGAGCAAGCAGUGUGGGUGGUGGGGGUGGUGGUGGUGAGGGAGGCAGUGUAUUCAGCCUAGCAGUGGGAGCAGCCGCGGCAACAACAGCAGCAGGAGAUGCUGCUGCUGUGGCUGGCAAGCAACGCCGUCCAUCCACUCACCGCAAGCCCAAGAACCCUCCUGCUUCCCCAAAGGUCACAUGUGCGCCCUCUGCCAGCCCCGCCCUUCCACCUCGCCCGGCCGCUUCUGCUUCCUCCGACGCCACUGCUGCUGAUGGUGCAGCAUUGGCCACCGGUGAAACGGGAGGUGGGUGGUGCUGGGAGUCACUCUCUGCACUCUUUGCGUGUCACACGGCUGCUCCUCAUCAAUGCUCUCUCCAUUCUGUGUGCCACUCCUGCGACAUCUUCACUUGCCUCUGCACUGUUGCCAUUGCCAAACAAGGCCCUUGCUCAUGUGUGAAAUCCGACACUGUUGUUGACCUCCCGUCCGCAACCUAUCCCCUACUACUCCCCAACCUCUUCCCAACCUCUUCCCAACCUCUUCCCAACCUCUUCCCAACCUCUUCCCAACCUCUUCCCAACCUCUUCCCAAUCUGUCUCCAACGACUCCCCAACCCCAUGCUAUCCCUCUUCUCUCCCCCCGCAGCCGCUGGCUCUCAGUCGGCUGCAAUAACACCCUCGCUGCACCCGCACACCCGCGUGCUCGCUGGGGCGAGGAAGCAGGGGCAGGCAGAGGGGGGUGAAGUGGGGAGGCUGGAGACGGAUGGUAGAGAUGGGGAGGCGUGGGCGGAAGGCAUGGGGCGGGUUGGGGGCGAGGUGGGAGGGAGGAGGGACGUGGCGGCGGGUGGCAUGGGCAGGGAGGCGAAGAAGAAAGGCAGCAAGCGACAGUCGGUGAGUGGCAGCAGGCAGGGGGGCAUUCUAGGAGCGCAUGCCCUGCCGCCCGCCGCCACACCCUCGCAAGUGGAGGCAGCAGGCGCUCUCCCUCUGCCGCCCGCCCAUGGCGAUGUGCUGGGCGGGUCCCCUGGCAGCACUGACCUCGUUGCUGCAUGCGCGCCUGGCAGCGAUGUUGCUGAUGAUGCUGACGGUGUUGAUGCCGCCCUGCCAUGGUCUCCCAUGGAGGAGCAGGUGCUGGUGGCAGUGGUGAGCGACCUGGGUACCAACUGGCGGCUGGUCACCGAUGUGCUGCUCUCCAUCACGCACCUCACUGUGAGCCCGCCCUCUCCAUCACGCACCUCACUUCCCAGUCAGUGUGAGCGCCGUCACAGCGCCCUCCUCUCCUCACUCUCCGUCCCCUCCUCCGUGCAAUCCAAGGAGGCGGGGCGGGGCGGGGGACAGUGGGCGGGGGGCGAGGAGGACGUGCUGAGGGAGCAUCGGCAGGCCGUGCUGACAAUCUUCUCCAAACACCACGCUCGCAUGCUGGCCUUGGAGGCACAGGAGUUGAAGCAGCAGGUGCAGCCACACGCCUCUCAUCUCCUCGUCCUCUCCAACGUCGCUGCCUCCUCGCCCUCCGCACCCAUGCCGCCCAGCCCCUUGGAUCUCAGCAGCAGCCCCCCUCUCCCACCAGUCGACGCACCCACCCUCGCUUCCACUACUGCUGCUGCUGCCACAUAUGCUGCCUCGGGAGCCACACUGCCAGCUGUCGCCAGUGCAAUGGCAUCAACAGCAGCGGCAGCAGCAGCGGCGGCAGUAGGGGUUGGCAGUGGUGCAGAGGGGGGAAGCGGUGCAGCAGUGGUAUCAGCACCGUGCACAAACGGUGUCUCGCCAUCAACCCAAACCCACACUCAUGUGCCCCCUCACUCGCUCUCCUCUCACGCUUCCCUCUCCUCCCUGCCACACUUCCCCUCCUUCUCCCCUACGCUCCCUCACCCAGCCUUCCAAUCCCCUUCACCUUCUCCCCACACCCCUCCCCUUCCCAGCAGACCCACUCCUCCUCCCACUCUCCCACUCCCCCACUCCAUGCCCAUUGCCUCCCCGCCCUCUCUCUCCACCACCCCCCCUCCUCCCGUCACGGGACCCAUCCCCCAAGUCCCCUCAGCCCCCAUGCAAGUGUCCUCUGCUGCCACUGCUGCCCCUACCAUGGCUUCACCCACACCUGCUGCAAUGGCUGCCACACUCACAGGCACUGCCACUGCACACUCUGCUUCUCCCUCCGCCCCUGCUGCCUCCCCCUCCCUCCAUGCAUCUUCCACUCUCCACACUGCCUCUGCUGCAGCUGCUCCCACUGCCACUGCUCCGUAUGGUAACCAGUCGGCCAUGGGACACAGUAACCAGACGGGCAUGGCACAUGGUAACCAGACGGCCAUGGCACAUGCACUGCCAUUUCCCCAGUCCCCUGCACAUGCACACCCACAUGCCUCUGCCCUCCCACCAUCGACCACACCCCACGCCCCCCCGUGCACAACUGCCCAGCCACAUGCCCCCCCAAGGGCUCCUGCUUCCGGGGGCGUGGCGAAGGGGCUGGCAGCGCCAGGGGGGUCCGCAGGGGGACGCACCACAGGUGGCGGUGGGGGUCGGGGGGUCGGUGGGAGUGUGCAGGCGGGAAGAGGAAGGGGAGCGGAGGUGGCGGGGAUUGCAUCGUCGGGCAGCAAGGCAGCAGCGCCUCUCAGUCAAUGCUUGCCAGGCCUCCCGUCCCUGCCCACUCCUCCCUCUCUCCCUGCUCCUCCCUCUCUCCCCACUCCCCCCUCUCUCCCUACCCCCCCAUCACUCCACACAGCACAGGCGGUGGGUGCCCUGCCUCAUACCGCUCCCGCCCAUGUUCCUGCCACACUCCCUGCCUCCUCUGCUCCUCCGCCCUCUUCCCUGCCCCCAUCUCCCGUUACUGCUGUGCCUUCCACUGCCACCGUGUGUGCACCUGCUGCUGUGCCUGCCACUGCUGCCCCAGCCACUGCUGCCGUGCUUUCUACUGCUGCCCCGGCCACUGGCAACCGAACUGUGCCAUUGGCCUCUGCUGUCGCCUCCUCCCAGCCGCCUUCUGUCGCCUCCUCCCAGUCACCCCUGGGUCGUGGAAGCAGCAGUCAUGCGGCGAGUGCAGGAGGGGUGGGCAGAGGCAGGGGCGCGCCAGUCACAGGUGUGGCACGGACAGGGGGCACAGCUCCUGUGGCAGCUGCAGCACCAGCACCAGCAGCAGCAGCAGCAGCAGCUGCAGUGCAUCCUGUCACAUCUGCUCUAACCCCGGCAGCAUCAGCAUCAGCAUCAGCUUCAGCAGGUGCAGGAACAGCAGCAUGUAGCAGUGGGAGUGGAAGUGUGAGUCACUUGCCUCUGCAGCAACUGCCUGGCCACGUACCGUCAGGCAAUGUGGCAACACAUGCAGCAGCAGCAGCAGCAGCAGCAGCAGCAGCAGUGACAGCAGCGGGAUCAGUAGCACACGCAACAGCAGGUGCAGUGAAAGCAGUGCCACACACAGCAGCAGGUGCAGGAAGGGGAUACACAACUGCACAGCCAAGGCGCCCCCACCGCGCGGCUCCCCCAUUAUCAACCGCACUUCCCUCCCCUUCCCCCGCGUGCAUUGCCCCCCUGCGCGCACCCUUAUCCCCUCUCCCCUUUUCUCCCUCAUCUCAUCAUCCCUCCACCUGUUCUCAUCGCGACCCCCACCGAACUAACUCCUGCCCGCGUAGCGUCUCCACACCACCCAUCCCUGAAAUGGCGGGUGCUCUUGCCCUGCGCGUCCCCGUGGCGGCGGCAGCCGUGCCGGCCGCCGGCCUGACUCAACCCGCUGUACACUCCCUAAGGCGCGCCGCACUCGUGCCGCUGCGUGUACGUCAAGCCGCCUCACUCGCCGCGCAGCAGCAGGCGAAGCGCGGUUCCGUAGUAGCGCCGCGCAACGUGGCAAUGGCUGAUUCGCUGACGGCGGAGGAGGAGGGCGCGGCGCGGCAGUCGUACCCGGCGGGCGUGCAUCGGUACGAGGCGAUGGUGGUGAUGCGACCCGACCUCACGGAGGACGAACGCGUCGCGCUCACCGAGCGAUACGAAGAGUUUCUCGUGGCGGGCGGCGCACUGGACGUGGAGAUCUUCAACCGCGGCAUGCAGCCUUUGGCGUAUAGCAUAAAGACAAAGAACAUGGGCGGUGUGAUGAGCCGCUACCUGGACGGCAUCUUCUUCCUGUUCAUCUUCGCCGCGCGCUCCGAAGCGCAGGUGAAUCUGCAGCAGCGCCUCAACCGCGACGAUGACGUCAUCCGCUCCACCACCUUCCGCCUCAAGGCGUGA